CGCCGUUAGCCGCGGGACAACACAGGCUGAGGCCGGGACACCGUCUACCUGCCGGGGGGAAAAGUAAAAAACUCCCCCGCUGAAUGCCUUGAAGAAAGGGAGGAGUGUGAAAUUGCUGUGAACGGAGAAAAAUAACGUCUAUGUAGAAAUCUAAAAAUGAUUGAAACAAUGGAUACACAGCGUGCCUUGCAGGCGGUGGAGCGUCUCCAGGCCAAACUAAAGGAGCGAGGCGAGGUGCCCGCUGAGGAGAAGCUCAGCCUGCUCAAGUCAGUGCUCCAGAGCCCCCUCUUCCACCAGAUCCUGGCCCUGCAGAAAUCUGUCCAGCACAUCAGAGAGCAGGGGAGUGUCCCGUCAUCACGAGGCAGUGACCCUAUUGAUAACAUCACAGCAGCGAAGCCCAAUGGAAGCCACGUUUCCUGCUCAGAUGCAUCUGCUGCUACACAAAUUAAUGGAAAUACAUCAUCUGAAGAAUUUGAGCAUAUCAUUCAGUCCAUGGCACAGGGGCGCUACGUGACUCAUGUGGAGCUGCAGAAGCCAGUGUCGGGAGGUCUGGGCUUCAGCGUGGUGGGUCUGAAGAGCGAGAACCGCGGCGAGCUCGGCAUCUUCAUCCAGGAAAUUCAACUGGGAAGCGUGGCUCACUGUGAUGGGAAGCUCAAAGAAGCUGACCAGAUCUUGGCCAUCAAUGGUCAGCCCCUGGACCAGACAGUGACCCACCAGCAGGCUAUAGCCAUCCUGCAGAGCGCCUCAGAGAGGGUGCAGCUCACUGUGGCUCGAGGGCCGAUACCUCAGCUGGCCAGUCCUGUGGUGUCCCGCACACCCUCUGCCGCCAGCACGCUGUCGGCCAACUCCAGCACGUUGCAGCACAUUGAGACAAUUGAGCUGGUCAACGAUGGCACUGGCCUCGGUUUCGGUAUCGUGGGAGGCAAGACCACUGGGGUCAUCGUCAAAACCAUCCUUCCUGGAGGCAUAGCUGAUCAGGACGGUCGCCUGCGUAGUGGGGACCACAUCCUGAGAAUUGGAGACACUGACCUCCACGGCCUGGGCAGCGAACAGGUAGCGCAGGUCCUCCGGCAGUGUGGCAACCGGGUGAAGCUGGUGGUCACCAGGGGCCCCGUGGAGGAGAGCGCCUCGGCCUCUGCUGUCAUGCCAGUGGUGCUCCCCACUGUCAACGAACAACAGGGCUAUGAGGAAGAGGAGGCUGAAGCGUUCGAUGUGAACCUUACCAAGAACACCCAGGGACUGGGGAUUACUAUUGCUGGCUAUGUUGGGGAUAAAAAUUUAGAGCCGUCUGGUAUUUUCGUUAAGAGCAUAACAAAGGACAGCGCCGUAGAUCAAGAUGGCCGUAUUCACGUUGGAGACCAGAUAAUCGCAGUCGACAGAGUGAACAUACAAGGAUACACCAACCAACAGGCCGUGGAAGUGCUCAAACACACCGGACAGACAGUCCACCUUAAGCUGAUCCGGCGGGGCUUCAGGCCUGAAGAGAUCCCCCCCGCUGUGACCCCCAGCGUCACCAUCCUCCCGUCCUCCACCACCAUCCCCACCACCACCAUCGUCCUGAGGGAGCUGGAGCUGGAGAGGAAGCAAGCUGAGGAGGCAGCUCUAGUCACCGUAGAUGAAAAGCCGCUUCAGACAAAGAGUGAAGGAUCUGAUGUCAGCGCAGCCAUGGAUCAGCUAACAGAAGACAAACAUGUGAUGAGGUUAACACCCUUCGAAGAAGAACGACUAAUGAAGAAGUGGGAGGAGAUUCUGGGUCCAAGUAAUGAAGUUGUAGUGGCUCAGGUGGAGAAGUACAGUGAGAACAGCGGCCUGGGGAUCAACCUGGAAGCCAACAGUGGACAUCAUUACAUCCGCUCUGUUCUACCCGAGGGACCUGUUGGUCGCUGUGGCAAGCUGUUCAAUGGAGAUGAACUGCUCGAGGUCAACGGCAUCUCUCUGAUUGGUGAGACCCACAAGGAAGUAGUCAGAAUCCUGAAGGAGCUUCCACUGUGUGUAAAUGUGACAUGCUGUAGACCCGCCCCUCACCUGCAGACUGACAUGGAUGCUGUCCAACCAGAACCGGAGGCUUUGCCCACACCAUUCAAAUUGAAGAACGAAAUAGACCUGAGCAGCAUACUGGUUGCCGAAGACUCAGAGGUGAACAGAGGAGCGGCGAAGCAGGAUAAUGUGACAGAGGAGGCAAUAGGAUCUCCUUUGGCUAUGUGGGAGCUGGCGAUCCAGAAUAUCGAGCUGGAGAAGGGCGAAGGGGGACUGGGAUUCAGUAUUUUGGACUACCAGGACCCGAUGGACCCUGCCAAGACGGUGAUCGUGAUUCGCUCUCUGGUCCCCAACGGUGUGGCAGAGCAGGAUGGAAGACUGUUGCCAGGGGACAGACUCAUGUACGUUAACAGCACCGACCUGGAGAACGCCAGCCUGGAGGAUGCCGUCCAGGCCCUGAAGGGGGCCAAGCUCGGCCAGGUCCAAAUAGGAGUCGCCAAACCGCUGCCUGGAAUAUGUGGAUAUUCCCACUCUCCACACUCAUAUGGUGAGCAGGAAAUAACCCCGUCAUCCAUCAUCCAUUCAUUUGACUUCAACAGUAUUUUGGUUGAAGAAGGAGAGGAAGAAGAUCUGGCUGAGGGCAUCGUUUACCGAGCAGAGCCGGCAUUGAUUGACACCAGUGAAGUAGACAUAUCUGAUGAAAAGAUGUUGGAUCAUUCUUACUCUGGGAUGGAGGAUGACACGUUCCAGGCGUCUAUGAUUGCUCUUCAUGGUAGCAGCUGUAGCGCAGAUCUGGAUUACUUGCACUCCUCCACACCUAAGCUGACAGCCCGUCUGGAGUUGCGGGAUGAGCAACCCUGCUUUACGACACCGUCCGGCCUCGGAGACGACACUCAAGUGUUCUCACCAGAGAAGUCGGCCUCUUUCUCUCCUCCGAGUUUGAGAGGCCAGCUCCCGGCUUAUAGCGUCGCAGUCGGCGGUUCCGAUCACUUCCUGGCUCAUCACGCGGCCAAAGAACCGGUGGAGUGCUCAAACUCAUACAGCCCGUUUGCUGAAUUAGGAACGGGAUCGAAUGCACUGGAGGAACCAGUGGAGCCCAGUUACUACCAGGAGGAGCCCCCACCCAUCUCUUUUGAAGAUAUUAGAGAUAUAAAGAUUUUAAUAAAGGACAAGGUCAGCGUGAAAGAAUCAGCAGAAGAGGGAGAGAAGGAAGCUCUGACCUCGGGGAGCAAUUUUGAAAGGACCAUCACCGUUGUCAAGGGCAACUCCAGCCUGGGCAUGACGGUGAGCGCCAUGAAAGACGGUUUGGGGAUGCUGAUCCGCAGUAUAAUCCAUGGUGGGUCGAUUAGCCGUGACGGACGUCUUGGUGUUGGUGACCUCAUCCUGGCCAUUAACGGAGAGCCCACUGCCAACCUGACCAACGCUCAGGCUCGUGCCAUGCUGCGAAGACACUCCCUCAUUGGACCAGACCUGGGAUCUGCUUGUUCACCUGAGGACGAUUUGUGCCCAUUUUAUGUAAUUACAUAUGUUCCAGCAGAAUAUCUAGAAGAGUACAGAACUAGCUUGGAGCAGGCUAAAGAUGAUGUCUUCUCCGGAACAGCUCCAGCACCAGUUCCAGCUCCAAAAGAUAUUCCUAAUCUCCCUGAGCGUGAGGAUGGAGAGGGAGAGGAAAGUGCCUCCUACAGCAACUGGAACCAACCCAGGAAAGUGGAGCUGUUCAGGGAGCCAGGCAAGUCCCUGGGCAUCAGCAUCGUGGGAGGACGAGGGAUGGGCAGCCGCCUGAGUAAUGGAGAGGUGAUGAGGGGGAUCUUUAUCAAACACAUCCUGGCGGACAGUCCUGCUGGACAGAACGGGACCCUGAAGACUGGAGACAGGAUAGUGGAGGUGGAUGGAGUGGACCUAAGAGACGCUAGUCACGAGGAGGCAGUGGAGGCUAUACGCAGAGCAGGCAACCCCGUCUCCUUCUUGGUACAGAGUAUUAUUCACAGGCCCAGGCCGCCCCUGCCCUUUCCGCAGCUAAAUAGCCGCCGCGGGUUGAGCCUUUGCUGCACUAAUCAACCCUACUUAGCACCCGCCCUCCCUCAGGCUCUGAUAACAGACUCCAGUGAGGAGAGAGCCGCGGCCGUAACCAGGGACAAGGACAAGGAGGGUGACAGUCACAGUAGACUUUACCUCCGCCUCUCCCCAACUAACCCUUUCACUCCUACCCCGUUUAAGCCGGCGAAGCGUGAAGCGGCAAAGGCAUCUCCCACCAGCGCUGUCCUCCCCCUGCCAGUGAUGCCCCAUGUGGGAGAGACUGAUACAGACACGCUGACUGAGAUUCCUGGCAGACCCGCUGAGGCAGAGGAGGUGAACGAAGAGGAGGAGGAGGAGGAUGAGUUUGGAUACAACUGGAAGAACGUGAUCCAGCGCUAUGGAAGCCUCCCAGGUGUCCUACACAUGAUUGAGCUGGAGAAAGGCAAGACAGGCCUGGGCCUCAGCCUGGCAGGGAACAGGGACCGCUCUCGCAUGAGUGUGUUCGUGGUGGGAAUUGAGCCCAGUGGGGCGGCAGGCAGAGACGGACGUAUGGUGGUGGGGGACGAGCUGCUUGAGAUCAAUGGGCAAGUCCUCUACGGCCACAGUCACCAGAAUGCAUCCUCCAUAAUCAAGAGCUCACCAUCAAAAGUCAAAAUCAUCUUUGUCAGGAACACAGAGGCGCUGAACCAGAUGGCUGUGGGACCUGUGAGGGAGCAUGAGGGAGACACAGUGGAGCCCCACGCUGAGCUGGAAAUGGCGGCUGCUAAUGGCGAUGCUGAGGCUUCACAAUAUCUCCAUCAAAUCAUAAAGCUGAAGGACGACGGAGGACUUGGUUUCACCUUCGUCGAGGGAAACACCGAGAGUGGAGAGGAAAUCCAGAGCGCAUCCGAAGUGGAAGGACACACAGGCAAAUUGGCCUGCCAGGAAGGGGUUUCCUCAGACGGAGUCCUCGCCAGCCUACCCAGCAUGCCUAGCAACACCACAGUCAUGUUACCAACAGAGGCAGAAGCCAUCACGAGUCUGAGUCGCUCCUCCACCCCUUCCACUCUGGCCUCUGACCCGUCGACCUGUCCCAUCAUCCCCGGCUGUGAGACCACCAUCGACAUCUCCAAGGGCCGCACAGGCCUGGGCCUCAGCAUCGUGGGAGGCUGUGACACACUGCUGGGGGCCAUCAUUAUCCACGAGGUUUAUGAAGAAGGGGCAGCCUCUAAAGAUGGCAGGCUGUGGGCAGGAGACCAAAUCCUGGAGGUGAACGCUAUCGACCUGCGUGCAGCCAGUCACGAUGAAGCCAUCAACGUGCUGCGGCAGACCCCGCAGAGGGUCCGGCUGACGGUCUACAGGGACGAGGCUCAGUACAAGGAGGAGGACCUGUGGGACUCGUUCACUGUGGAGCUGCACAAGAAGCCCGGUCAGGGUUUGGGCCUGAGCAUCGUGGGUAGGAGGAAUGACACAGGAGUGUUUGUGUCCGAUAUCGUGAAAGGAGGUUUGGUGGAGACCGAUGGUCGACUGACGCAGGGUGACCAGAUCCUGUCGGUCAACGAGGAGGACGUCAGGUCGGCCACUCAGGAGGCCGUGGCUGCACUGCUGAAGUGCUGCGUGGGGCCUAUAAAUAUGGAGGUGGGGAGGUUUAAAGCUGGCCCGUUCCACUCUGAAAGAAGGCUGUCUCAAACUAGUCAGAUGAGUGAAACAGGCAUCUCCAAGGUGGCCGCCUCUCAGUCGUGUUCAGACUCUGGAAGCCUUCCUGUUGACCCUGACAAGACCAGCCUGGAAUGUCAGGAAUCUCCAGAGCAUCAGGACACCAGAACAGUGGAGUUCACUAAAGGUCCCAGUGACUCUCUGGGGAUCAGUAUAGCAGGCGGAGUGGGGAGCCCUCUGGGUGAUAUACCCAUCUUCAUCGCGAUGAUGAAUCCUGUCGGGCUGGCUGCUCAGACCCAGAAUCUAAAGAUUGGGGACCGAAUUGUCAGCAUCUGUGGAACCUCUGCUGAAGGCAUGAGCCACGCGCAGGCCGUCACUCUGCUCAAGAAUGCCACGGGAACAAUCCAGCUGCAGGUGGUAGCAGGUGGCGACACAACCGUGACGGGUCCCUCUCAGGAGCAGGCGGCCGGAGGACUCACACCCAGCUGCAUUUUCCAGGAUGACAUAGGCCCACCUCAGUAUAAGAGCAUCACUCUUGACAGAGGACCAGACGGACUUGGUUUCAGUAUAGUCGGAGGGUAUGGAAGCCCUCAUGGAGACCUGCCUAUCUAUGUGAAAACCGUUUUUGGAAAGGGAGCAGCGGCAGAGGACGGGCGUCUGAAACGAGGAGACCAGAUCAUGGCCGUUAACGGGCAAACCCUGGAAGGCGUCACUCACGAGGAAGCUGUUGGCAUCCUGAAAAGGACCAAAGGAACUGUCACACUCACUGUGCUCUCAUAGACACACAAAUACAAACACACAGAUCUCACACCAGCAGUAUUUCACGACUGGGCGAUUGUGUUAAAAGCACCAGAUGUGCGACACAAUGCAAACUGACAUAUGAACAACCACACAAUGAUAAUAAUGAAGUUGCUCAAUGUAGCUUUGAACACUGUGAUCCAUGAAGCCUACUACAUGUAGACUUGCAGACAGUAUAUUUCAUGAGAAACUUUUAUCACUAAACCAAUCACACAAAUCAUGCUGAAAUAAUUACAUCUAUUUUUAAUAUCUUCUUAUUUCAAUUAGUCAUCAUGAUGCAAACAGUAUUAGAAACUCCUUGGCUCUGGAUUGUAAUAUUCACUGGACACUUGCAAGAUCUUCAUUUUUAAACAAUAGAAGCAAUAUCAGAAUAUUUCUCCGGAGCAGAGGUCUAUUUCUUUUUGCAGUCUGAGGUUCAGCUCCCACUAAACUCAGAGCAUGAAAGUAUUCUUUCCUUUAGGCAAUUAACAGAUUACAGGACCACGCUAAUGAAUGUAUUAGCUGAAAACAGCAUUGUUUGCCUUUUACGCUGCUCUGCUUUUGCUUCUUCAUCAUACUUUGAAUUCCCUGAAAGGCUGAUGCUGCUGUAACUGGUUUUACGUAACUCCAAGUCACUGUUGUUUUAGCGAACGCAGCCUAGAGAGCAUUUCUCCGCGUGCUCGAGGCUAAACGCCCGCUAUUGUAAAUACACUGUGUGUUAGCACAUUUCUGAAGGGAAAGAUGUGAAAUCCUUGGAGUGUUGAUUUUUUUUUUUGUACACACUUGACUAGGUGAGGAACGGUGAGCGUGUGCAUGUAUGUGUGUGACCUAUUCACUGAGAUAUAGUGCUGCUAAAGCUGAUAUAAUGGUAUUACGUCACAGUACUUGGAUUUUUAAAGUAUUAAUUAAUGUUCUGCUAUUUAGGUUGAAAUGAACGAGGGGUUCUUGUUGUCAGACGGAUUAUGUAACUGAUCUGAGCUCAUUUUGACCAUGUUGUUUACCCAAAAACAAAGACAUCCAGUGUUUUAGGACGUCCUGAAGGAUUUGUUGUGUUGUCUAGUGUCAGAGAAAGUUGACUGUUUUCUUUCUCAUCACCUUAAAAUGUGGCUCUAGUACUGUCAAGGGGACGGUAUUGGAUUUAUUCACACUGAAUUAAAUAAAAGUGACCUUUGGAUUCCA